AUGCGGGAUACCGUAGAAAUACGGUGCCGAACCCAGGGCCUGCCCGAGGGAACAACAUCUGAAAACAUGCAGGCGCGUGUAGAGAGCCAUUUUCCAGCAAACACAGAGACACCUCCUCGACAUCUCUUUGACCUACCAAACGAGUUACUUUAUUUGAUAAUCGGCCAUACAGAAUUACCAUGCCGUAUGUCCUUGGCAUUAAGCUGCAAGUUCCUCAUGUCGCUUGCAUUCCCCGGAAACGACCUACCACGUCUCAAUCACGCCGACAAAAGAAAAUUACUUUUAUCUCUACAGAGAGACUUGCCGAAAAGCUAUCUCUGCCCCUGCUGUAAUGAACUGCAGAGAUUAAAGCCCGAGCUUAACUGGGAAGGCCAAGAUCACAAAUGGACUUGCGACAUGUCAAACGGAUACAUGCUGAAUUCAACCUGGCGAAACGGCCAUAUUGAACUUCAUAAACACAUCAUCUUCUCGGACGAAUAUUACAAAUUCAUGAAGCAUGGCAAUAUUUGCUUUAUGGACGCAUAUCUGACCAUGAGUCGCCAUUCUUACGGUCUUUUGCACGGCAUAUCUCUUCGACACCUAGAGCGUUGCGUGUCGUUUGAGACAGAGCUCGAGCUCGAUCAGUGCCUGCAUGGCAUUUUCCGAACUGAGGCAAACAUGAAAAGGGCCAUGCGUCGCGUGUACGGCAUUAAAGUGCAAGAGCCUACUUUCAACUGGAUCCCGGAAGAACAGCCGCGAGGCAAAGGGCUAUGGAGAUUUUCCCUUCGGUAUAGUCCCAAGAUUAUCGACAACAAGCUAUACAUUGCUCGUUUCUUUACUAUUGCUGGACCUAGUGUAUCUUGGGCCGAUCUUGCGCGGCUACUCAACAGCAUACAGCCGAAAAUCUGCAACCACAUGAGUUGCAUGAUCAUAAUGUAUCCAGUUACUCCCAUGUAUUCGUGGACUAUUCCAUGUGGUCACCCUGGAGAUUUUGAUUUUGAGUUUUUCCCUGAGAGAAUGAGACGCUAUUGGAAAGCAUGUGGAUUCACUUUAGGAAAAGGGUCAUGUUUGCUCUGUAACACAGACUACGACGUUUCGCUCACGAAAGAUGAAACUAAAGAGGAAUGGAACUUCAGCUGCAGUUCAUAUCACUGCCUUGGACCAUGUCAAACCCCAAUGGACCCCCUUUGGAAUUAUUUUGCCAAUAUCGGAGGCGAAAGGGCUGGAUUCUUACGCUACUACUAUUUGUCGCAUGAAGAAGGUCGGCCUUGUGGACCUGAUGGUAACGAGUUGAUCUUUGGGCAUCCAACUAUGAAUGGUGAAGUUCGGCGGAAGUGGCUAGAAAAGAGUACAAAAUCAGAAAGCUUGUAA